AUUCGAAGUUUUUCCAGAAAAAGAAGAAAUCGUGGACUAGUUUUGACAAUUUCAUUCCUGUUCAUCAGGGUGCUUUUAUUAUCCUAAACACCGGAUGCGAUUAUUUAGUGAGCGCAUACAUUUCCGGGUUAUGAGUGUCGCGGUAAACAAGCCUCUUUAUCCACUAACAUAAGAACGGAACCGUUACAAUAAACUGUCUGUCCAUUAUGGAAUAAAUUUAAGCUCAUGUGAGGCAAAUACUUUUGGAUAUGGACAACGGACACUCGAAGAAAAUGCGACCAAGAGAGCUACCGCCACUUCCCCAGCGAUCUCAGCGAGCGCUCCCUGCAAUGCCAAGCCAGGACACCACUGAUGACAUGCCAACUUCCAAAACAAAAAAGAAGAGGCUGAGAAAGGAGCAGAACGGUGGCGAUUCAGUGGAACAUCCAGGUUUGGAGAUGAUGGGUCAGAACAACAGAAGGGCGUCUGAGGUCGGGGAACAACUGAACCAAGAGAGCUCAUCUGACGCACCUCCCCAAAGGCGGAGGCGGAAGAAAAAAACGCCGACAAUUGAUGUCGAUGAUGACCAAGCAGACCUUGUGAAUGAAGAUGGAGCUGAGCAGAAUACCGAUGGAGAGGAGGUGCCAAAGAAACCCAAGAAGAAGAAGAAGCUCAAAACUGUUGAAUCACAGCUUCACGAUGAGUUGGACGUAGAAGAGGACGACAUUAUCACAGACGUUCCUCUGUCUAAACCUCAACACUCCCUCUUCACGGCACCACAGGGUCAGAGUCAGCCAGUCGGGAAAGUCUUUGUCGAGAAAAGCAAGCGCUUUCAUGCAGCAGAGCGCUCAGACUGGAGGAAAACAAGCAUCCAGAUGGAUAAUAUUACAGAUUUUCAACACAUUCAGCCGCUCUGGACCACCAGAGAUGUUUCUGUCAGGCUGCAUGCAGGCUUCAGGGUUUUUGGUCUCUAUUGCCAUGGCUUCCUGGCUGGCUACGCUGUCUGGAACACUGUCAUGGUUUAUAUGUUGGCGGGGAGGCAGCUCACUGCACUGUCCAAUCUUCUAGAGCAGUACCACAGCCUGGCUUAUCCUUUCCAGUCACUACUCUACAUGCUGCUGGCCAUCAGCACUGUAGCCACGUUCGACAGAGUGAAUCUCGCCAAAGGCUCCAUGGCAAUGCAGGGGUUCAUCACUUUAGACCCCGUCGCUCUGGCCUCCUUCUUUUACUUCUCUGCACUGAUACUCUCGCUCAGCCAGCAAAUGACCAGCGAUCGAAUAAACCUGUACCCCACGCAGAACGCCACAUUAUGGCCCCCGGGGUCUGAGCAUCAGAUUCUCCACCCAUGGGUGACAGUUAAUCUCGUGGUGGCGCUGUUGGUGGGUUUAGCUUGGAUUUUUAUUGCCACCCGACCUGAGACAGACUAUACACAAGGUUACUUGAUGACCAUGGAAAUUGAACCUCCGAGACCAGAAGACAAAUCUGAAAUGACAGCUUGAAUGAGGCACCUUUUUACACACAUUUCCCUUGUAUUUAAAAAAAGGAUGUAUUUUUUAUGUUGUAAAACUUUUUUUUUGUUAAUGCACAUUUUGCUUUGUGAUAGUUGACUUAGACUUUAUUAAAUUCAAUAAAAAAAAGCCUCUCUGUCUUGAAUCAAGCAAGUGUUCAUUUUUACAUGCAACAUUUAUGUUGUCACAAUGUGUAGAAGAGAGUCACCGUGUUUUCCAUCAUGGCCAAAACAUUAAUGUGCAUGGUAUA